AUGCUGCCUGCUGUUGUCAAGCUCUGCUGUGGAAUCUCCUAUCCCCACCUCAGGAGCAUGGCAGGACUGCAACGCACAGCUAUGGCAGCAAUCGGCCAGGAGAUCGCUCACCUGCAGCGAGGUGGGCGAGUCCAGCUUCCAGAGUGGAUGGGUCAUAUUGGUUGGCGUGACGAGUCCAGGAGAGAAGAGGUUAGAUUAGUCAACACAGGUGACCUGUUAUAUAUACACCAAGGACAAGAGGCAUUGAGUAAAGCCCUGGAAAUCGCAGAGGACAAGGAUGGAUGGAAGAUUGAAAUAACAGAGGAGAACGGGGAUGUGAUAUGUAGUAAAGUUCUGCCAGGAGCCAAAAAGGUCUUCAGACUGGAGGCUGUGUUGAAUGCCACACCAGAGGAACUUCAUACCAUCUUGUUUGUGAAGGUAGAAGAGAUGCAGCAAUGGAACCCUAGCAUUCAGCACAUUAAAAUCCUUAAGCAAGUCAAUGCAGAAACCAUGGUUACACAUGAGGUGUCUGCAGCGACAGCAAGUAAUUUAAUAGGUCAGCGGGACUUCCUGAGUGUGAGGCACUGCUACAAACAGAAUUCACGUAUAUACUUGGGGGGCAUGGCAACUGACAUAGAAUCCCACCCACCUCAGAAAAACUUUGUGAGGGCACAAGAUGGACCGACAUGCAUUAUCAUCGAGGCACUGGGAGAUGACACCAGGAAGAGUCGCUUCAUAUGGCUUCUCAACAUGGAUGUCAAGGGCUGGCUGCCAAAGGCUAUCGUCAAUCAGGCCCUGCCUCGGGCACAGGUGGAUUUCACCAGACACCUGCGAAGACGUCUGACAGAGGGACCUGUGCACGGCUGA